AAAUCUUGUUGAAUAUUUCGAAAUCGACUCACUGUUCUGGAAAAAAGCUUAUUCACUCCAAAAGCAAGGUUUUAGAAAACAUGUCCGAAACGCCGAAUGAUUAAAAUGUGAUUUUAUUUUGAGUUAAGAGAACAAAAAAUUUCGCCAUGUCUAACAAAGAACAAGGAAGUAUCUUGAAAGCUCUUGACGUUGCAAAGACUCAAUGGUACCACGUCACGGCGGUGGUAGUCUCCGGUAUGGGUUUCUUCACAGACUCUUACGAUCUCUUCGUGAUAUCUCUUAUCACGAAGCUCCUUGGCCGGAUCUACUAUCAAGUUCCUGGCUCCUCCUCGCCCGGAAGCCUCCCUGACGGUAUCUCUGCCGCCGUGAGCGGUGUGGCCUUCGCGGGAACGUUACUCGGACAGAUUUUCUUCGGGUGUCUUGGUGACAAGCUUGGACGUAAGAGAGUCUAUGGUUUGACACUCUUGAUCAUGACCAUAUGCUCCAUUGGUUCUGGUCUUUCCCUUGGAAGAGACCCGAAAACUGUCAUGGUAACUCUCUGCUUCUUCCGCUUCUGGCUUGGUUUUGGCAUUGGUGGUGACUAUCCUCUCUCCGCUACGAUCAUGUCCGAGUAUGCCAAUAAACGUACUCGCGGAGCGUUCAUAGCAGCGGUUUUCGGUAUGCAAGGAGUUGGGAUCCUUGCUGCAGGAGCUGUUUCGUUACUUGUCUCGGCUGUUUUCGAGAGUAAGUUUCCGUCUCGGGCCUAUAUAUUGGACGGUGCAGCCUCCACUGUCCCACAGGCGGAUUACGUGUGGAGGAUCAUCCUCAUGGUUGGCGCCUUACCAGCUCUCUUGACUUACUACUGGCGGAUGAAGAUGCCUGAAACCGCUCGUUACACCGCUCUAGUCGCCAAGAACGCGGAACAAGCAGCUUCGGAUAUGACUAAGGUUCUCAACGUAGACAUUGAAGCCUCUUCCGCAAAGAAUGAUCAAGCUAGGGUUUCCUCAGACGAGUUUGGCUUGUUCUCCAUGAAAUUCCUUCGCCGUCACGGACUCCACUUAUUCGGAACAGCCUCCACAUGGUUCCUCCUCGACAUUGCUUUCUACAGCCAAAACUUGUUCCAGAAGGAUAUCUUCACCACCAUCGGUUGGUUACCUUCGGCUAAAACCAUGAACGCAAUCCAAGAGCUCUUCAUGAUCGCUAGGGCUCAAACCAUAAUCGCUUGUUGCAGUACCGUUCCGGGUUACAUUUUCACUAUAUUCUUGAUCGAUUAUAUGGGACGGAAAAAGAUUCAGGUCAUGGGAUUCGCUAUGAUGACCGUUUUCAUGUUGAGUUUAGCCAUACCGUACCAUCAUUGGACCUUACCGGCUAACCGGAUUGGUUUCGUGGUUCUCUACUCUUUCACCUUUUUCUUCUCCAAUUUUGGACCUAACGCAACUACUUUCAUUGUCCCGGCUGAGAUUUUUCCGGCGCGGAUAAGGUCGACUUGUCACGGUAUCUCAGCGGCGUCGGGUAAAGCCGGUGCGAUGGUCGGUUCUUUUGGGUUUUCUGCUUUGGUUAAAGCUUUGGGUAUGAGUACCACGUUAUACAUCAUGGGAGCAAUCAAUCUUGCUGGCUUGUUAAUCACGUUAGAAGCUCAUGUUCCUGUUCUAUCUCUUAACCGCGACCUGAGGAAGAAGAAGAAGAAGAGUCGGGUUUCAAUUCAAUCUCUUGGAACCGUUAUGAUGAACCGCCGAUGGAACCUGUUGAUCACUGGAGGUUAUGCACUUCCAAAGUUUGCUCAGCUGACAGUUACCUCGUAUUAUGCAUCUUCAAGUGCUUCACAUUAUGGAUUUUUCUAUGCUCACCCGCCGUAUCGAAGAAGCUCAUCUCUCUCGAACUCAGAAAGAAGAGGUAAAAUGAAGUCAUUCACAGAUAAACGAGAAUCUAUUCCACUCCUCUAGCUGAGCCAGCUUAUUUCACGAUCUCUUUGGUUUUUCGGUUACCUUUUCAAGUCACAUUCUUGAGAACCACAUCUAUAAUGUUAAUUCCUCAACAUAGUUAUACCAAAUAUAUAAAGUCUUUUAGUUCCUCUCCAUCUUCAGUUUUUGGUUUCUGUUGCCGUCUUCAUAACUGCUUCUUUUCCCUGUUACAUGGUAUUUGAUUCUUGAAUAUAUUAUAGUGUUUAUA